AUGAAUGCGGAUGAAUUUUCCCGAGCUGAUUUUAUUGUCGUCGUGUUGGUUGUGAAGGAUGCUGCUGUUGGUAACGAGUGCCAGAGUACUGUUGUUGCCAAAUUUCAGUACUAUGUCAGGUGUUCUCUUGGCCGUCGCACGCAGUGCAAAUGUUGUUGA